GUUUUGCAACGCAAAUAUGAUACAGAAAUCAUUCCGUGUUUUGGCUGGGUGACCGGCUUUUGAACUGUGUCGAAAGAGCAAACGUUAAAUAUUCGUAAAAGAAACUAAAAUCAUUUCCUGUUCUACCGAGACGAGCCUUUCGGUGUCGGUAAUGGCGAAUCAAAAGCAGGAGCAAUCUUCUAUAGUGAAGUUGUAUCUUAUUCUGUACAACAGUGUCCAAUUUUUAGGAUGGUUCUACAUUUACGUACAAUUUGUGAUGCACUAUUUGGUGGAUGGCCAGACAACGGAUACCCUCUGGAGUCGCGUCGGAACAGCGACGUACUAUUUUCAACUGCUUACUAUUUUUGAGGUCUUCCACGCAAUUUUCCGCCUAGUUCCCAGCAAUGCUCUAAUCACGCUGCUACAGGUUGCCGGUCGCUGUUUGGUCGUUGUCGGUGCUAUCGAUGCAACACCUACCGGGAAACUAUCGCCCGGUUUACCGAUCGCUUUGUUCUGCUGGAGUCUCACGGAAACUAUUCGCUACAGUUACUAUGUGCUGCAUCUCGCUCUGCCAAAAGUUCCACCCUUCAUGAGCUGGCUGCGCUAUACCAUCUUUAUUCCACUGUACCCGGCGGGAUUUUUCGGUGAACUGUUGUGUUUUUACUGGGCUCAGAGUUACAUCCGCGAAACGGACAUGUGGGGCGUGUCGAUGCCGAAUCGGUACAACUUUAGCUUUUCGUUCUAUUAUUUCGUGUGGAUGAUGGCCAUUGGAUAUCUGCCGAUGUUCCCGCAAAUGUAUCUGCACAUGUUUUCCCAGCGCAGCAAGGUCCUGGGCGGUCGGGAGAGUCAGAAGGCUAAGUAAAUUUGCCAGAGUCUGGAAUUGUUUACAGUGUUUAUUCAGGUAAACACUCAAAU